GGUAAAUGUUUCAGAAGAUCUUCCUAAUGCUCUAACUGGACAAUAGCAGACAGUUUAUAAGGAUGACUGAUAUCUGCAGAAGAAAUCGUGAGAUUGGCCUGACACAUAAAGGAUGCUGCUCCACAGUGUGACCUUAGCUGUUUAUCUUCUCCUGACCUCAUCAAGUGCCCAGAGAACUGUCCAGUCCUGUGUGUUUUCAGAGCUCCAGCCAUCUGGGUUGAGAGUCAACUGCAGCUCUUUAAACCUCAUGGAGUUGCCUCAUCUGCCUUCAGAGACCACAGAACUGUUUGUGCAAGACAACCAGCUCACCUCAGUGCCACCAGGAAGGUUUGACCAGUUGGCUUACCUUAAAAAGGUGUCCCUGUCUCCGAACCCGUUCCGCUGUGACUGUAGCAUCCAGUACCUGAGGUAUUGGAUGCUGAAGAACAGGGCUGUUGUCUCAGAGGAGCCUUUAUGUUCCAGUCCAGGCUCUGUAGCUCAGAAAGCCAUCACUGACCUAAGUGAUACCUACUUCUCCUACUGCACCUUUCCACUCCUACGUCAAAUAAGCGCCUCAAGCUGUGUUUAUGUCUCUUACAACACCAUUGCAUCGGUGAUGCUGUGCUGCGUUAUUAUUCUACUUUUGUGGAGCUUAAUACUUGCCAGAAAAUCUACUUUCACCAUGUACGUGGAAGAGCGACAUUCAGGAUUUGAGGCGGACUCUCUGCGCUCACUGAAACCCAAACACAGGAGGAGGCUGCACACAGAACUGUCAGGGCUCGGCGCCGACUCUGAUUCUGCCAUUUUGUCAGAGGACUUGGAGAGGCCACUUUUCAACAUGGAGUUACUCCCACAAGUGCUAGAAACAUUACAGAAGAAGCACAAUAUAAAGAUAAAGGCCACUUAACAGACUUUUAUUCAUACUUUAGCUGAACUAAUAAGUAAGAAGUGGAAGUGAGGCUGUGAGUGUUUGCAAAGACAGUUGCAAGAUGGGUUUUUUUAUUAUUUGUUUUCAUCCUAAACUGCACCAACCCAUUUAUCAGAAACUUCACCUCUGUAAGUUUUAUUUAAUUUGUUUUUAUAUUUUACGAUCCAAACUAAGUUUGCUUAAAUAAAUAUCAACAUUUCUUACAAUCAAUUGCAGUUUGCUUUCUGCUAUCAAUACUGAACUAUUCAUCUUCCAUAAACAUCCUAAUGUAGGGAUACUUACUACUAUUUUUCACAAUUUAUUAUGUUGUUUUCCUUAUUUGCAUGUUUUCCUUUCCCCUUAUAGCUUAAGAGAGUUUAUAGAGUUUAAGAGUAAAAAGGUUGAAUACUAAUGUUUGUUCCAGUCAUAAGAGUUUCAUUUCUAAAAAAAAGAAGAUCAGUUUUUUUUCCUUUCCACAUCAAAAAUUUUUGUUUUGUACGGCAAAAGGGACGGUCAGUACAGCCUACAAGCUUGUGCCUGGACAUAGCUCAUUUUCUUCAUUGGAUGGACUGAUUUGGCUUAGCUCAUAAGCUACGUUGACUGGUAAACAUUAAUGUAAAUCAAUGGCGCACCAAGUGAGGGAAUCCUAAUCAAGUUCUACAGUACAGACAAGUCAUCAAAGGAAACACCAACCAUUGUUUCUUGUUUUUGCAACUGUUGUCUCAUUUUUGUGUGUUCAUGGGCUAAAGCUGGAUUUAAACCAAAGUCAGUCAAAUAAUUAUGGUGGUUUCUCACGCUAAUGCCUUAAAGGUCACAGCUUGCGAAAUCUGGUCCUUUUAGUGGUCAGCAUUUAUUAUAUAACACAGAAUGAGCUGAAACUAAAGAUUUUAGAACUACUAAAAAAUAUAUAUUUUAGUACAGACAUCAACAUGUCAAACAACUGUAAUUUUUAAAAGGGGUAAAAAAGAACUAUUAUGUAAAAAGAACUAUUUUAGCUUUACAUCAUAUUAUGAUGUUUUUCCCUCAUCAAAAGCAUACCUGGUGUGUUGCUUUGACUCUUUCAUGCAUGUUUUAGAUAUUCUCUGCCGUGUUUAAAAGAACGGCUGCUUCUUAAAAUGACAGCGGCCCAAUUUCAAGACAUCAAAUUGUGAAGUCAAUUUUUUUAAGUUAUGUUAUAUAUGUAUAUAUAUAUACAUAUACAGCAUUUUUAUAAUAACUGAAGUUGGUAUAGUAACUUGAUUGUUCUAUAAAAUUGCUCUAAACAAUUACCUAAAUUUUGUAUAUCGGUUUGUACCACUGUUUCCCUUCUAUUGUAUCCACAAGUCAAAUGCAGUUCACCUAAUUUUAAGGCUGUAAUACAUAGCUGAAAUAAAAAAAAAUGUCACUUCCUUAUUACUUUUGACAAAAAAAAUUGUCAAAUCCACCUAUUGUCUAUACUUUCUAGGGUAGCUGGUGCCCAUUUGGGCAAGAGAUGGUAAACACCCAUAGUCACUCACAGACACUGAGUGUGCAAUGCAUGGUUAUUUGAACUCUGACUUAAGGACAACUUACAGAAAC